GGUCAGCAGGUCCGACUCCCGCAGCCCGGGCUUCAGUGGCCGUCAGCUCAAGCCCCAGUUUUCCUAAAGACAAGAUUUGCUCCCAGUAAGAAACUGCCCGUCCCACGUUGGCGGCACAAAGAAGCAAAGCACAGUUUGAAACGGAAAAGGGCACUGCGGCUGUGAAAGAGUUCCUUGCUGCCCUGUGAACCGACUGGCGGUGACAGUCUGACCUUGAGCACACUGAUCAGGUUCUCCAGGUGGCGGAGGGCUGAAGGCACGGCUGUGUCAGGGAAGGGUGCAGGUAUGCAGUAAGACGAGGCUGAAAACCAGGCGGGGCGUCCGGUUGGGGGCAUUGUCUUGAAAUAGAGAACUGUGGCAGGUCAGAGAUUCCGCUCUUGGAUCAGAAGCACCGCAGAACUCCACUGCUGUUGACAUUCCACCAAAACCAAACCAAACAAAGCACAGAGACUUCCCUGGCGUUAGAACAAAAGAGCUCCACAUAAGGGAGCUUAGAGGCGUCACCACUGCCGCCUGUGGGGAAGCUGGCUCUUCCUCUUGGCCUGUAUGAUGCUCUGACCCCCGCCCUCUUGCCAAAGGCUUUCUUUUUUUUAACUGUUUGUUUUGAACUAAUUAUAGACGCACAAAAUGUUACAAAAAUCAUGCAGAGUCGUCCUCAUGCCCUCCAAAGGUCUUACAUAACUGAACAGUUAUCAAAAGCAGGAAAUUGACCUUGGCACAAAGCACUUAGCUAGGGUGCAGACCUCCCUCCCUCCCAUCUCACCAGUUUUUACAUGCACUCAUUUGUAUGUGUGUCUGUGCGAAUUUUUAUCACCAGUAGGUAUCUGUGCAGCCAGCAGGACAAUCCAGAUACAGAACUGACCCAUCAGGACAAAAGACUCCCAGACCACUGCUCCAUACCGGCUCCCCCAUCCCUUCCUAGUCAGCCAAUUUCUGCACGAGGCGGCUGUGCCUGUGCUGUGCCCUAGAGACCCCAGCUCAGCUCCAGGGUUCUAGAGGCGAAGAGCUGCUGGAUGUAAUUUACUGUCAUUUCCUGAAAGAGUCGAUAGUGGGGUUAUCCUCUCUCCAUCUGUCCACCUCAGCUGUUUUUAGUGACCAGGAGCGGCACUCUGGGAUGUGCACGCGAUGAUGGGCAGCAAGGACUUAGAAGCUGAAAUCCAUCCCUUGAAGAACGAAGACAAGAGGUUGCAGGAGAAUCUGGGAAGCCAAACGACAAAGGAGGACAACCUGAAAGGCUUGCCUCGGCAGCCCGGCCUCUCCGGCUGCCGGACAGUGGCGUUUUUUCUUUCACUGUUUGUCUGCCUUUUUGUGGUGUUCGUGGUCUCGUUCAUCAUCCCCUGUCCGGACCGGCCCGCGUCCCAGGGGACAUGGAGGGUCUACUACAAUGCAGCAGUCACCUAUGACUUUCUGGCUACAGAAGACAUAAACAGGGACAGGAUCCAAGACGUUCUCUUUCUGUAUAAAAAUACCAACAGCAGCAACAAUUCCAACCUGUCCUGCGCUGACGAAGGCUUUUCUUCCCCCUGCACCUUUGUGGCCGCUGUGUCAGGGGCCAAUGGCAGUGUGCUCUGGGAGAGGCCCGCAGCCCAGGACGGCGCCCUUGUGCAGUGUGCUGUCCCACAGCCACAGGGCAGCAGGACAUCGUCUGCCUGCAUUCUCGUGGGCAGACCCAGUUCCUUCGUCGCUGUGGACGUGUUCACAGGGGAGACCCUGUGGAGCCACCCCAGUAGCUUUGGAGGGAACGCUUCCAUCCUGAGCUCUUUACUCCAACUGCCUGACGUCGAUGCUGACGGGGCUCCAGACCUGCUGGUUCUCACCCAGGAGGAGAAGGAGGUUAGCGGCUACAUCUAUUCAGGCAGCACUGGUCACCAGAUUGGCCACCGAGGCAGCCUUGGUGUGGGUGGGACCAGUGGCUCCCUCCUCCAUGUCACCAGGAUGGGUGCUCACUACAUCCUUUUCCCUUGCGCAAGCUCCCUCUGUGGUCGCUCUGUGAAGGGUCUCCAUGAGACGGUGACCGGGAGAGGGAGCCCACUGAAGAGAGACCCGCUCUGGGAGGGCAUGCUCAACGCUACCACCCACGGGCUGCUUUGGCACAGCCCUGGAGCCAUCCGCUACCUGAUGACCGUUCCAGGGAAAGUGGGUGAGGACCUCCUCCUCGUGAGUUCAGAAGCCUGUGUGCUGUUGGACGGGCAGGAGCUGGCACCCAGGUGGAUCUUCAGCGCAGCCCGGGUCCUGAGAAGACCCAUCCUUGGCUACUACAAACCUGACACCUUGGCUGUGGUCAUUGAAAAUGGAACCGGCAUUGACAGACAGAUCCUGCUCCUGGACCUCAGCACAGGGGCCGUCCUAUGGAACCAGGCCCUCCCGGGCCUCCCCGGGGACCCGCAGUCCGCCAGCCUGCCAACCGCAGACCACCGCUCAGCCUUCUUCUUCUGGGGUCUCCACGAGCUGAUGGGCACCAACCAGACAGUACAGGAGCCCGGAGACACCCAGCACAGCCUGUACAUGUUCCACCCCACUGUGCCCGGCGUCCUGCUGGAGCUGGCCAACAUCUCCGCCAACAUCGUUGCCUUCCAAGCGGUCCUGUUUGAGCCAAGCCGCCACGCUGCCUACGUCCUCCUGACGGGCCCCACUCGCCAAGACGCUCCUGGCGUGGUCUCUGUAGCCAAGCACAAGGUGCGGGACCUCGUCCCGAGCAGUAGGGUGGUUCGCCUGGCCGAGGGCGGGCCCAACAGUGACCAGGCAGUCCGGGACCGGUUCUCCCGCCUGCGGUACCGCAGCGAGGCCUAGACGCCUGGUGGCCAGCGAGGUGCGAGAGGCUCCAGCUGCUGAGAUUAAACACCGUGGGACAUCGGUCUUUCGCUCGGUUUGCACGCUGACCCCUCUCGUCUCCGUCGUGCCCAGGGACGUGCGUGGGUGAGGGGAUGGCCGGGCCUCUCCCUCACGCGCCGCACACCACGUCCCCGCAGGUCCUCGCUCUGCCCCACUGGGGUCCUACUCAUGGCCGGCUGCCUUCACCGUGGCCUCUCUGGGCUGCCUUGGGCACAGCUGGGCCCUACAGCACCACUCUCACUGGUCCACACCUGGCUGGAGGGGCCGGGGCUUUGGGAAGAGCCCCAGCCUACAGAAGUCCCCUCCCUCGUCCCAUCUGCACCCACCCUGUCUGCACAUCUCCCUGGGGCCUGCAGUGGCCUCAGGGCAACAGCCGGGCCCUGAGGCCAUUCCAGCUUCUGGCCUUUCUCAGAGCAAAGGGGGGGUUAGACUCUGGUGUGGUUGGUGGACACUUGCUCUGGGGGCCCCUUUGACAGGCCCGUGAGGAAUGGGAUGCCUUGGAGCCGUGAGGCUGGCCUGCUGCUCAUGGAUGCGCUGAGGGGCAUUUUCACCCUUGUGCUGUGAAUGUCAUGAGGAACCGGCCGUAAGGCCCACACUGGGGUCAGUCUGUACCCCCUCAACACACACUGGAGCUGCUUGUCCCUCGGGGGUCCCCACACCCCUGGCCAGUGCCUGGCCUCCUCCUGGUGCUCAGAAGUCCUUGGCUGGCAGUGUCACCUGAUGCAGGACUCACCUCUGUGCCUUGCUGUGCCCCAGGCCUACCGCGGUGCUCUGUGGGGCUCAGUGUGCCCUGAUGACCCUGAGUACCACCGGAAGAAGCCGGAAUAAAUGAUUUGCACUGUC